GCAUGGAGCUUUCGAAACGUUUCCACCGCGUAUAUAACGCAUGCGGGCGGAGAAAUUCCCUUUAGUAAACUUUGAAGAGGAUUCGCCUCGAGCCUUCGUUAUGAGAUACCUUCUGUAUCUCGCGGUUGCCGUCGUCUGCGAAGGGGCAAGAAUUCCUAGGACAGUGGAGCAGCCGUAUUUUCCAAACUUCCAAAGUGUUUAUCACGGUAAUGGUGCCUCCAGUUACCAGAAUGUCCAAGUGGACCAAGCUGAAAAUCCGCUCCUCCGAGACUAUAAAGUGCAGGAUGAAAACUUAGCUCUGGAGAACGUGUACGAAGAAAAUCAAAUCGCUGGUAUUCCACGUAACCUCGUGGAUCAUUUGGCAGAAUUUCCUUUUGAAGAGAUAGGAACAAACCACCUAAAUAACGAGCCUGAACACGAUCUUCUUCAGGAUUACGAACGCUCUAACCAUGGACACGAUUAUGAGUAUUAGUUAUAAAAUUCCAAUAAACUGUCUCGACAGCGAUUACGUUAAGAUCGUUGUUGACGGUAUCGUAUCGCGACGUCAAAUAUAUAAAUAUAGACGAUGAU